AUGGCAUCUAUUGAGGUCGCGUUGGUGGCCGUAGCGGUCGUGGCGGUGGCAUCGAACCAACACGAGAGGGGAGGCGUCCUCGACUAUGAGUGCCGAGGCGGCCCUUGCUCUCUCAUUUUCCGCUCGUGGAAAGCGGCUUGGCUUUGCCCCAAAGGAAUCCGGGGCAACCCGGCACCUCUUCUUCCUUCUCUACGUUUGGAUCAGGGGUUGGAUCAGAUAUUUAGCAUGGCGUGCAACGCUGUUCAGCAAGAUUCAGAGGGAGGCUGGGGGUUUGAGGCGGACUGUUGGUUCAGGUAUGGGCUCUCCCUGUUGGUUCAGGGGAGCUUCGAAUUUUGUCCUUAUCAUUUGGUGCAAUGGUAACAAAUCCUAUAACUAUACAUG